AAGUUUUGACAAGACAAACGCAAGACAAACAGUGUCAUGGCUGGAGUUUCUUACUUUAUUUGGAUUUUUGUUCUUCUCUGCUGUGUUUUUCAAGCUUCUGACAACAGACAUGUCCAUCUGGAUGUGGAUACUUCAACACAGUUGAAAGACAUCAUCUCAAAGAUCCCAAUAACCCUACCAGAAGGAACUGAUACCCAGAAUAUAAAUUUUACGUCAAUUGUUUUAAAAAUCUGUACUGGUAUGAAGGAACAGCUGACACAGCUUAACACGCAGCUUCAGCAGACAUCUCUGCGAAACAGCCAAUUAAAUAAUGAAGCCUUUGGCUUGAGGAGUGAAGUCAGACUGCUGAAACUACAGCUUGCUGCAUGCAGUUCGACAGCCUCAGCGAUUACUGGCUCUUAUCAAACCCAGUUACUCAACAAAAUGAAACAGCUUCUGGAGACAUUUGAUAGUGACACAUUUCUGAUUCUUAGAAUCAUCAAGCUCACCAGGGAAGUGAACACGUUACAGAAAAGGAUCAACAAUGCUGCUAAUUCGACUGAAACUACCACUGAUGUCAGAGAACUGCAGAGAGAGCUGGAAGAGAAAAACGCUCAACUGACUGCAAAGACACAGCAGAUUGAUGGAAACCACACAAACUCUUUACUGAUUCUUCAGAUUAUCUCACUGCAAAAUCAGAUCUGGGAUCUGGAGCAGGCAAAAUCAAGAAAAGGAGAAGCCAGGCUUCAACCCGACAGGAGAAGUCUGGCUCUACAAGAGCAACUGGACAGAAAGAUCAGUCUGCUUCGGCGCAAAGGAGAUGCAGUCUCAGUCAUGCUGGAGCUGAUUUCAGUGAACAGUAAGAUCACAGCGAUGCAGAGGCUCAUCAGUGCCCACAUUGAGGAGUCCAGCACUAAUACUGCCAUUUACCAGAAACAAUGGAGGCAAAAAGUUGAUCUCCUUAAAAAGAAGAUCAUAGAGUUGAAUCGCGACGAGCAUAACACAGAACUUACCAAAGAGAUUUUGAAGUUGCAGGCCGAGGUGGAGCAUUUUGCACAGUUAGUAUUAAACGCAAAAAGGACAACUGAUGCCCAACUUAGAGAACUAAGAGUUAUGUUGGAGGAGGAAAGGAAACGGCACGGACAGUUACAGAAGCAGCUGGAGGAAGCAGACUAUGCCCAGGCACAACUCAUCAUAAAAUCCAUUAGCAUUAUGAAAGAGGUGAGAGAGCUGGAGGAUGACAAGCAAGACCAGACAUCAACAAGUCAAGCCACCACUCUUCAGACUCUGCUUCAAGCCAAAGAAAGGGAAUAUGCCAAAGCUCAGGCCGAAAUAAGGGAGCUGCAGAGGAAACUGAAGAGUGCACAGCGCUCAGGACCUGAGGAAAGACAUGAACGGGUACAAAUUGAAUUUGAGCAGAAGAUUGCAGAACUGAACAGAACUGCUGACUCCAAAGCAGUACUUAUUCUGAACGUGUUAAACCUGCACAAUGAGCUAACAACUCUGAAGGAAAUGAUCUCCGCCACAGGCAACCCAGAGAGAAAAUCGGAGCUGCAGCGGCAACUGGAGAGGAAGCAAAAAGACCUGGACUUCAAGACUGCUGAGAUAGAGAGACUGUUUGCAAACCCCAGAAUAAUUUUAACCCUCAUUGAGCUGCAAGAUGAGAUAUGGGAGCUUCAGAAAAAUGCUGCCAAUGAGACCAGUGGUGCCCACAUGAAAGAGUUGCAAAACAGACUGGAUGGCCUUAUCACUGAAGUAGAAGAUAAAGGCGGCGAAAACACAAAUCUGAUCCUAAAAAUCCUUACGCUGCAGAGUCAGGUGGAGCAUCUGCAGAAACAGUUGUCAAACCAGAUGUUAAAAACCUCUCAGGCAAACCAGCUCAGAAAUGAUCUUGUGACCAAGAGGGAAGAGCUGCAAAAGUACAUCAAUGAGCUGAAUGAAAAGGAUCAGACUAAUGCCAGACUGAUUCUCACAGUCACUGAUCUGCACAACCAACUGAGGAACUUUGAAAAUGAAAAACACAAUGAGGGCCGAGCAUCUUCUGCCAUAAUAAGUAAGCUGAGAGAACAACUGCAGGAAAAAGAGGAGCAGCACACUCGUGAUCGGGCUGAGAUCAAUUCUCUGCAGAAUCAACUGAACCAGACAGAGGCACAGUGUUCCAGUUUUGAGCAGAAACUUAAAGAUCUGCAGAAUGACCUGGAUGCCAAAAUGAAGGAACUGCAGUCCAAGUCUGACACCGUCUCUUCUCUUGCUCUUCAAGUUUCUACAUUAACUCUGCAACUGGAGGAGCUAAAGAGACAACUGCAAAACACUGAUUCUGAAACCAAAAUUAAAGAACUUCAAAAACUUAUAGAUGAGAAAAAUAAUGAGCUGACCCUCAAAACAGAGGAGCUGAAAGCAAGAAGUGCUCAACCACAAAGACUUCUGCAGAUUAUUACAAUACAAACAGAGAUUGAGAAAUUGGCCACUGUGGCAGCAAACGACACAGAUUACUACAAGAUGAGAGCACUCCAAGACCACCUGAAUGACUUGAUUGACGGAAUCCAAGAUGAAAACAAUGAAAAUACUAAACUGAUGUUUAAAAUCUUGUCUCAACAAGACGAAAUAACAAGACUGAAGAAACAAGAAGAGCGUUUGACACAAGCAGAACAGGAGAAAAUUAAAGAUCUGGAGAAUGAACUGGAGGGCAUCAGAAAUCAGAUAAAAGAAAAAACAGCGAUGCUAGAAUCCAGUGACACAAGGAUUGCCAACUUAUCGGCUCAGAUUAUGGAACUUCACAAGAAAAUCAAACCACUGGAAAAUGAGAUAUCAGACCUCAGAGAAGAACAAGAAGAGAACCUUGAAGAGCUUCGGAAGAGACUGGAUUUGUCCACGAAACAACUGCAAAACAGUGAACUUCAACUCAAGGAAGCAGAUGCAAAGAAUUUUAACUCAAUAAUGGAGAUUGCCGAUCUGAGGGUAAAACUGAAAACGGCUAAGAGGCAGGCAUCCAAAGCUGAGACACAACAAAUCAGUGAACUGGAACAACAAAUACAAACACAGCAAAGACAGAACAAACAACUUGAAAAUGCAAAUAAAGACUUAAAGCAACAGGUGAAGGAGAUGGAAAUGUGCUGCAGUGAUACUGCCACCCAGUGUGACGAUUUACAAAGACAACUGCAACAGAGCCAUGAGGAUGCAGAUCGCCUGCAGCAGCAGCUGCACGAGAAGGAUACCACACUCAGUCAGCUUCAGCAGGAUUUAGAGGAAAAGACCAGGGAGUUUAACAAACUGCUUGAUGAUUACAACACCCUGCAACAAGAGAGGAACAAACUUGAAGAUGAUGUACAAGCUCUUCAAGACAAACUGGCUGAUGUGGAAGACAAGACGAUCCGUGCCCGGAAGAUGACCUUCGAUCAAAACACAGCACACCCAAGAAUAGCUCUGUCUGCUGAUGACACCGAGCUGUCCACUGGUGCUGAAAUACAAAACGUUCCCGACAAUCCAGGCCGGUUCGAUGUGGCUCUGGCUGUCCUAGGCAAAACCGGCUUCUCAACGGGCAGACAAUACUGGGAGGUGUCUGUUGAUGGGAAACUUUGUUACCACAUUGGGAUGGCCAGUGAAUCUGUUCAAAGAAAGGGCACGAUAACAUUCAGGCCCGAGACAGGUUUCUGGACUAUUAUCAUGAACAAACAGGGUCAGCUGAAAGCUCUUGAUGGGAGACAAGUUAUUAUUCCAGUUCAGACACAACCUCUGACACUGGGCAUUCUACUGGACUACAAAAAAGGACAGAUCUCAUUUUACGACAGCAGUACCAGAUCUCAUUUAUAUUCAUUCGUAGGUAAAAAGUUUACUGACAAAAUCUAUCCAUUUAUCAAUUUUUGUGUUGAUGACACUGCAAGUGGAACUCCAAUAGUGUCACUUAGUCCUGGAUCAAUUGAUUGGAUAAAAUCCUAAGCCGCGAAAGUUGUAUUUUAUCCUAUGCGUCAAAUGUGAGCCAUGUAUCUAAUUAAGGAUUAUCUCAGUAGGUAUCAAUCCCUGUGACUGCAGAACACUUCUCACACAUAAUUCUGUUAUUACUGCAUCUGAAUGCUUCAGACAAUAAAACAACAAAUACACAAUAA